UUCUGUCAGAAGUCACAUGGAGCCCACGUUUAUUACUGAAAUCGAAGCAUUUUUUAGAAGCGCCUGUGAUCAUGUGCGCAUGUGGAAAGGGACGGGAGUGGGAGGCGAACUGCCUCACAGCCCAUGGUCUGUUGCUAUACUAUAAUUGUUGUUAUUACUUUAUGCUUUCUACCCUCACCAUCAUCACUGCUAUCAUACAUCACGCACCUUCGCUGCACAUCCAUUAUUUGGCUUUUGCUUAGACCUUCCUAACAUGCAAAGAUUCCUCCCCUUUUAUUUUCUUCUCUUUUUUUUUUCCAAGUUCAAUCCCCUUCUACUCACCAAUUGCAACUUGUUGAGCUUUUUGCUCCGGCCCUAUGCUUUCUUGCUUCCCGUCAAAUAAUAAGAAAGCCCUCUAUUGGUGAUUCUUACACGGGAAAUUCCGUGGCGUAAACCAUGUUUACAAAAGGAUAGUUCUUGUUCUUGCGUUAGGCAAGAGAAAGAGUUAUCUCUUGUGGUAAUUCCCAUGGGCUAAUCACAUUCUAUCUGUCGCUACUGUAGAAUGAGUUCCUGAUCUACUCAUGACUAGAGAAAAUGCUACCCCUCAAUAAUGAAGUAAUAAACAGGCUGUUCCAUCUUCCUAGGCUGCACGAGGUGCAUGGUUUCUUUAAUGUUAGAUACCGAACGGCAUCAUCGUCUUCCUGAAGUACAUAGCACUCUUGGUAGUCGUCCCCACUUCUUCUUUCCUCGGCUUUGCAGUGCCAAAAAAUGCAGGAAGUUUGAGGCAUAAGCGAAAAGCAAAAUGCCUCCGGUUGUGCUCUUUGUGCUUGUUGCAGUCUUCUGCAUUUCCGGAGCACAGAGCACUGAGUUUGAUGAUGAGGGUUCAGCCUUGUUGUCUAUGAAGUCAAGCUUAGACGACCCACUUGACUGCCUGAAGGGGUGGAGUUCUGAGAACCAAUCGUCACACUGCAACUGGACCGGGAUUUCCUGUGACUCCGACAGGCUUGUCACUGGUAUUGAUCUGUCCAACAUGAAUCUCACUGGCAAUGUCUCCGAUGCGAUACAGUCAUUCCACCGGCUCUCCUUCCUCAACCUGUGCUGUAAUUCAUUGUAUUCACUGCCAAGAUCGGUUUCAAAGUUGGCAAUGCUGACAUACUUCGAUGUUAGCUCAAACCAGAUUGCCGGAGAUUUUCCUUCUGGAUUGGAUGCAGCGAUUGGUUUGGUGACCAUCAAUGGUUCCGGCAACAAUUUCACUGGCUUCCUGCCUGAAGAGAUUGGAAAUCUCAGUAGACUUGAGAUCCUGGAUCUGAGGGGAAGUCUUUUCCGAGGUAAGAUUCCUGUAUCUUACAAGAACAUGAAAACUCUCAAGUUUCUCGGCUUGUCAGGCAACAAUCUUGGUGGUCGGAUUCCAGCUGAGUUAGGCCAACUUGAAACGUUGGAAAGUUUGAUAAUGGGAUACAACCAAUUCGAGGGCUCGAUCCCGCCUGAAUUCGGCAAUUUGACCAAUUUGCAGUACCUAGAUCUUGCUCUUGCCAACAUUGGCGGCACAAUUCCGGCGGAAUUAGGCCGUCUACCGCAUUUAAACACCGUCUUCCUCUACAAGAACAAACUUGAGGGUUCGAUCCCACCAGAAGUUGGAAACAUAACAUCCUUAGCGAUGCUUGACCUCUCAGACAACUUACUCUCCGGCGAGGUUCCGAUUGAAUUGUCUAACCUCAAGAGCUUGCAGCUGUUGAACCUGAUGUGCAAUCAUCUGAACGGAUCUAUACCGGCCGGGAUCGGCAAGUUGGCCAAUCUGGAGGUGCUGGAGCUGUGGAACAACUCGUUCACUGGGUCGCUGCCACCGGAUCUUGGCCAGCAUUCAGCUCUUCAAUGGCUCGACGUCUCAUCAAAUUCAUUCUCUGGCGAAAUGCCACCGGCAUUGUGCAAUGGUGGUGCCCUCACGAAGCUCAUUCUCUUCAACAACGGCUUCUCCGGUAGUAUUCCGGCGGGUCUCUCUAGGUGUGCAUCUUUAGUGAGAGUUAGAAUUCAAGACAACCGUUUGGUGGGUAGCAUCCCUACUGGCUUCGGAACACUCCCUAGGCUAGAAAGGCUAGAAUUAGCCAACAACAGCCUAUCAGGACGCGUACCGACCGACCUGUCUCAGUCCUUAUCUCUCUCAUUCCUUGAUCUCUCAAGAAACAUGCUGCAGUCAUCACUGCCAUCAAGCAUAGUCUCCAUGCCUAACCUUCAGAGCUUCCUAGCUUCCAACAACAACCUUACGGGACCAAUUCCUGAUCAAUUCCAAGAUUGCCCAUCUCUCUCCGUGCUCGACCUGUCAAACAAUCGCCUCUCCGGCGACAUCCCGGCAAGCCUCGGGUCCUGCGAGAAGCUGGUGACCCUCAACCUCAUGAACAACCGGCUCACCGGCGAGAUCCCGGCCACGCUGGCGACGAUGCCGGCGCUUGCCAUCUUGGACCUCUCCAGCAACCUCCUCACCGGAAGGAUCCCGGACAACUUCGGCAGCUCCCCGACAUUGGAGUCCUUCAACGUCUCCUACAACCGCCUCUCCGGCCCAGUGCCGAUGAACGGCAUGCUCCGGACGGUGAACCCCAACGACCUCAUCGGCAACGUCGGCUUGUGUGGGGGCGUUCUACCGCCAUGCCUCGGUGCCAGCUCUGCCGCCCACUCAGCGGCACAGAGGCGGCACGUCCGGCACGUGCUCCUGGGCUGGCUGAUCGGGAUGUGCACGGUGGCGGCCGUCGGGUUGGCCGUCGCCAUAGGGAGAUGGGCGUACAAGCGCCACCUGAACGGCGAGUCCGGCUUCUUCCUCCCAUUUUUUCGCGGUCGCGCAGAAGGCAAGGGAGACUGGCCAUGGAGGCUGACGGCAUUCCAGAGGCUGAGCUUCACCAGCAGCGAGGUGGUGGCAUGCAUCAAGGAAGCGAACGUGAUCGGAAUGGGAGCAGCGGGGAUCGUCUACCGCGCUGAAAUCCCUCGAACCCGUUCGGUAGUGGCCGUGAAGAAGCUGUGGAGGAUGGAAACUGCGGAUGAUGAUAUGGACAGAAAUGGCGAAUUGAUCGGAGAGGUGAACCUCCUGGGAAGGCUCCGCCACAGGAACGUGCUGCGGCUCUUGGGUUACCUCCACAACCACGUGAACACCAUGCUUCUAUACGAAUACAUGCCCAAUGGAAGCUUGGGCGAGGCGCUGCAUGGCAGAGGCGGCCUGCUCAUGGACUGGGUGUCCAGAUAUAACGUGGCCAUCGGGGUGGCGCAAGGGCUCUGCUACCUCCACCAUGACUGCUACCCUCCGGUGAUCCACAGAGACGUCAAGUCCAACAACAUACUGCUCGACUCGAACCUGGAGGCAAGGAUAGCUGACUUUGGGCUAGCGAGGCUGAUGGUGAGGAAGUAUGAGACCAUGUCAACAGUAGCUGGGUCCUGUGGCUACAUUGCUCCAGAAUGUGGGUACACAUCAAAAGUAGACCAGAGGAUCGAUAUAUACAGCUUUGGCGUUGUGCUAAUGGAGCUUGUAACAGGGAAGAAGCCAUUAGAGCCUGAGUUUGGAGAGGGUGUAGAUAUAGUUGAGUGGAUUCUCCGAAUGGUUCGAAACAAAGUUGGGAUAGAACAAGCUCUUGACCCAAAUAUAGCAGGCCAAUGCAGGCAUGUCCAAGAAGAGAUGCUUCUGGUCCUUAGGAUUGCUCUCUUGUGCACGGCCAAACAGCCAAAGGACAGACCAUCCAUGAGAGACGUGGUCACCAUGCUGGGGGAGGCUAAGCCAAGGAGAAAGAGCAGUGAUGACAAAGAGAGGCCAAUUUUUACUCCACCUCCAAUUUCUAGUCUUUUGUAGAUAACAAGAAUAAGUGUACAUCUAAUUCAUGUCUAACGAUGUACCUCUUUCUUUAUGGGGAUUAGCAUCCCUCCUUUGGUAUCUAAAUGUAUCUUGGAUAAAAGAAAGUGCCGGAGAACAAGCUUUCCAUCAUUCUUAAUUUUUUUUUGUAUUUACUGUUUGCCCUUAUGAUAUUUGUAAACAUUCUAUCUUCAUUC